AUGACAAGGUCAGGAGUGACUACGCUACACAUGGCUUCAAUACAAACCAUCCUAUUGCUUGUUCUCAUCCCCAUUGUCCAAUCACAGAACUGCAAAUGGCUUCAGCCUAAACAGGAGUAUCUGAACAGACAGACCCUGAAGACAUUUGAGGAAAUGAAUCCUCCUGAAGACUAUGAUGAGAGCUGCCAAUACGAUUCUAUUGAGCUUCCUAAUAUAGAUGAAAUCUACAGCAUCUCACAGAUGGAAGAGAUGGUUCUAGCCGUGAGAGGAGUUCUGAAUGAAACCAUGAGGUUCUACAUGAAGCACCAUGAGAGUAUGGGGUGCAAGCAGCAAGCCUGGGAAAGGUUCCAGCAGCUUCUCUACUAUCAGAUCAAUCAGCUGGAGGCCUGUAUCCCAGAGACAGCAGAAAAUCCUGUAUUUAACCAAACAAUAUCGGACCAAUAUCAGGCAUUGGAGCAGAUCCUCCAAGAAAAGAAUACAGCGUGUACGCGCGACAUUAUUCAGAGCGAGAUCAGAGGAAAUUUGCAACUUGUCGGGCAACUCGCCUCUCGUGCCAGAAGACAACGCUUGUUACAGAGGACAGCUUAG